ACAGAUAAAUAUAAUCGUACAUACAUAUAUAAAAGCACUGACGCUGCACCUUCCUCAAGGGUGUUAGCUAAUCUCAUGAACCCCGAAAGGGAAUUACAAAAUGGUUGAAAAACAGGACAGCAAAGUUAAUAUUAACGACACUGGUGCUUUAUCCAAAGAAGACAUCGACGUGAAAAGUUGUUAUUCCGGCGAACAGGAGGUCACAGACUAUUGGGAUAUUUCGGGUGCGAUGGAACUAUCUCCCGGUGGAUCAAAUAAAAUCAGCGGGAAUAUGAAACUUCAAAACACCGCAGAUCAGACACUGGCAACCGAUGCCAAUCAAAAUAUGACUAUAAUACAAUCGGGAGAUAUUGACAAAGUCACAAUGACUGCAGAUGAUAAAAAUGCAAUGAAUAAUAAUUCUUACUGUGAAAACGGACCAAGUGCAAUUGAUAAAAACAGUUUGAAUACGAAUAUUAAUAAUAAUCUUGAUAUUAAUAAAAACAAUGAAAGCGGCGUUACAUCAGCUGAAAACAUUGUUACCUGUUGUGACUCAAGGGACAAUUAUAACUUAAAGAAUCCGAGCGCGGUCGUCGAAGACAGCAAUAAUAACAAAGGAACAAGUAAUGGGACCGUACAUCAGAAGGAAUUUGAUACGGUGGGAACAGAGCACGCUGAAAAUAAACAAACUAAAAAUGAUGUAAGCGACAACGUAUCUCAAAACAUCGAGACAUCUUUCGGUGCUGAGGACAAUUGUGUUUCAGAAGAAAACAAAGCGCCUAUGACAAUACGUGAGGAAAUGAUGCUCGACGCUGAAUGUACGGAAGAAAGGUUCAGAAUUGACCGGAAAAAAUUGGAACAGAUGUUACAGGCAGCCACUGAAGGGCGUGGUCAAAGUGGGGAGGAAUUUUUUCAAAAAAUAAUGGAUGAUACUAAAACUCAUAUCACAUGGCCCUCGAAAUUAAAAAUUGGGGCAAAGUCGAAAAAGGACCCACAUAUUCGGAUUUGCGGGAAACCGGAUAAUAUAAAAGAAGCACGACAAAGAAUUAUGUUGUCCCUUGACACUAAAAGUAACAGGGUAACUAUUAAAAUGGAUGUCUCUCAUACCGAACAUUCGCAUGUCAUUGGGAAAGGGGGCAAUAACAUAAAACGUGUCAUGCAAGAAACAGGUUGCCAUAUUCAUUUUCCUGACUCGAAUCGCAAUAACGCUGGUGAAAAAAGCAAUCAAGUUUCUAUCACCGGUCAUCCGGAAGGUGUCGAAAAUGCAAGGCUCAAAAUUCGCAAUCUUUUGCCAAUAGUUUUGCAAUUUGAAAUUCCAAAUGCUGGUAUGCCUAUGCCUGACCUUAACUCUCCUAUGAUACAACACCUAGUGCAAGUUUAUGGCAUAAGUAUUCAAUUCAAACAGCGUGCAAAAGUGUAUUCAACGAGUUGCACUAUACGCGGGUCUUCUGAUAAUAUAGAAGGCUUAAAAACAGGGAUACAGACAUUAAUGAGCCAUGUAUCAGGCGGUCAGCUCCCAGUAACAACUCAAAUCGAAAUUGCACCUCAGCACCAUGCAUACAUGCUCAGCAAAGCAGGAUUAAAUGUAACGACCAUCAUGCAAAGCACGGGGGCAAGAGUAAUCUUUCCUGACCCGAACGCACUACCAAAGAAAAGCACUGUCUAUAUCAAUGGGACUAUUGAAUCUGUGAUACUUGCUAGACACAAGUUAAUGGGAUGUUUGCCUUUAUUACUUAUGUUUGACAUGAAAAUUGACACUAACAAUCCAAGUAAUAAUGACACAAGCAUAAUAGCUCACUUAAUGGAAUCUUUGGACGUAUCCAUCAACUUAAAAUCAAAACCCAAGCAGCCAAGUCGUACUGUUAUCAUUAAAAGCAUAGAGUAUAAUAUUUACAAUAUGUUCGAAUCGAGGGCAAAAUUAUUAGGUCUGGACACCAACCCUGUAACUCGUCCUGCAAAAUCAACAACGCCGAAACUUUCAAGAAAUGCGACCAUCCCACAAACUGGUCCUGUGAUAUUACUUGCUCAUUCACAUGUACCCACCCCAACUGUUCAAACCCAUGUUAUAAGUCUGACUGAACCAAAAUCAGUGACACCUCUCCCUCAGAUGGUUCUUGGUACCCCAAGUUAUGUUAUCACCCAUACGGUACCAUCAAAUUCUGCCACACCACGCCCCCUAUCUGCGGCAUUGGUGCACACCCCAUCUCACAGCCCCUACCCAACUUUAUCAACCCAAAACAACACAGUUUCACGACUUGUUCAAAGCCCCCACAUCACAAAAACUGCCCAAGAAGUCUCUCUGAGAAACCAAGAAGAAAUAAACAAUUCACAGUAUGCUAUGUUGAAUAACAGCAUGUCCCCACCGACAAGCGUGCCUAUGCCACGCACAGUGCAGAUGCAAAACGACGCAGCCCGCUACCAAGUUAAUGUAACGUCACCGGAAGAAAUGCAACGAAGAAUAGAUCAGAGAUUAAGAAUGCCACCUAGUGGAAAUACACAAAGUCGUAAUUUUCAGUCUGAAAAUUAUUACCUGUACGACCAUGGCCAAGGAAUUGUAAACAACCAAAACAAUGAUUCAAGAAGAUCGUCUCAAAAUGAAGAAUAUGAGGCAACAAUGAGACAAAGGAUUUUAAACAUGAAUAACAAUCGCGCUCAGAACUCAGAGAACUCUUAUGAAGAUAACAGGGUAAUGCUAUCACCUUCAAACUACGAUUCAAAUCUGAGUAAUAAUUUUGCAAGAAACCCGCUACAUUAUAACGGUGAAUAUCCAAAAUCUGGCAACAAUAUGAAUCCAAUAUCAAGCGCAUCACCUUUGAUCGUUAACCAAAACGAACGUUACGCUGACCAGAAUUUGGAUCUGCAACAGAAAAUGAAUGAACAUCUGCUAAGGCAAACCGCUGUACAUUAUGGGAAUAAUUCUAGGAUGCCAGAUCAGGGCAUACUACACCAGCAUUUGGGUAUGCAAAACCAACUUAACCCAGUCGAAAUGAAUAACGAAGUUGGCAACCCAAUGAGGAUACAAACAAGUCUUAGCUCAACUGGUUCUUCAGGAAGUCAGAGGCAAUCUUUCGGUCAAAGUAUUCGAUCUCCUGAUAGCGUUGGUGAAUCCAGGACCUCACUAAACAGCGAUAGAAACAGUCCAAUGUCUACAAUUUCAGAUCGCUAUAAUGUGAAUUCAAACCCCAAGCUUAGUGCUUAUGACCAAUUUGAAGAGCCACACCCCUCACCCUCCCCCACUAAUCACACAGCUAAUUACCAAAGUCUGGCAACUAGGGAUAUAAACAGUUUAUCUCCUAUGGCUCACCACAGAAGCCCGCCUCAAAUAGUAUUGAACCAAAUUGGCCAAUUUGACGCAAACCACUUGCCAGAAAACACAAGUGAUUUAAACGAAAUAUACAGCCAACAGAACCAAAGUAAGAUGAGUACAGGCCCGCCUCCUGGAUUUGAAGGGUACACCCCAGCAGUACCUACCGGUAACUUGAAACCUGAUUAUGAAAAUUUGUCUAAAUUAGCGCAAAAGGCGAUGGUCAAGCCAGUAACCUCGGAGGUACGGACACCAACAGACAUAUGGGCAGGAUGGGGAUUUUCAAAAUCAAUGCCAUUUGAAAUGAAAGAAGAGUUACAAAAACUGGCAUCAUCGAAAGGAAGGUACAGAAACAAUUUACCAACUACGUAUGAAAACGGGGACGAAGUCCAUGAUCGAAACCAGCCUUCUCCAGUCAAUGAAGAGGAAGAAUUUAGCUUAGAUAACAGCUGUGCAUCUCGUCUUAGAGUCCCACUUCCACGGGAAGUCCCAAAUCUUGGAAAAGGUAGUUCAAAUUUGAACGCUUGGCGCCGACGAAGACUCAUCAACAUGAAUUUAUCUUUAGGCGGAAAUAUGGGGCUGAAUUACAUGUCAAGUGUUCAAAGACCUCCCCCUAAGAAUCACUCUGCUUUUACACCCAUACAUCCUAACGAAAGUUUGAAUCGAUCUUCGAGCAGUCCUCAAAACAGCCCUGCGAAUAUACCUGAACCAGUGUCUCAACCACGUGCUGUUGUUAGUUCACCAUUCAGCAAAAGUGGUAACGAACAGACAUUGCACGUUCCUCUGCCAGAAAAGCCUAAAAAUUAUGAUUCCAGAUCUAAUAUGAGCAGCACCCCCACUAUACAGGAUAGUCUUGGACUUAACACCACGACUGGGACGAAUAGCAAAGUUGAAGCUGAUAUACCGGACGUUCUAAACAGGCUUGGACUAUCUAAAUACAUCGCAGUUUUCCAGCAACAAGAGGUCGACUACCAGACUUUCCUAACCCUCACCGAACCUGACUUAAAAGAACUUGGAAUAUCUACUUUCGGUCCAAGGAAAAAGAUUCUCUUGGCUAUCAAGGAUUUAAACAAGGACAGGGAUAUAUUCAGCGGGCCAAUGCAAAACGACACGGCUGUUCAUGAAAAUUUGAGCGACCAAAUGCUACAGCUCCAGCGGCUUCAACUGCAACAGCACAGAGACAACCCUCAAACAAGUACUCCCACUCAUCUCGAUACUCACUCAUUACUCUCAUCAUCUCACCAACUAUUCAACACUCAAGCUCAGAUUCAAACUCAUCUUGACGUCUCGUCUCCUGCGCUCGAUAGAGGAGUUUUUCAAGAAGACACAAAUCGUGGUAAUGAUAGAAUGAGAUCGAGUAGGUUAUGGCAAAAUUCGAGGACAGGGAUUAGUAAUAGCGGGCGCUGGUAGUUGAUUUAAAUAUUUUAUCUUACGGUUUAUACUAUCACCAUAACAACGAAAAAAUAUUUUUUGAGUUGCACGAGAUUUAUGGGUUUUCCAUGUUUGUUGUAAUCUUUCUCAAAGCAAAUAAUUACUUUUUAGUCAUAGCCGAGUUUAUUUUUUUCCAUCCUGUUA